CAAAAUUCUCAUUUGUAAACCAAAACCGAACCAGAGCGAACCCUAGCUCCCAGACCCAGCCAUGGCCGAGCCAAUCGCCGGCCGCCGCAACAGUUCCAAAGCCGGAAUCGUCCAGAAAAUCCGGCUGGAGAAUUUCAUGUGCCACACUAGCUUGCAGAUCGAGCUCGGCGAUUGGGUCAAUUUCAUCACCGGUCAAAAUGGAAGUGGUAAAAGUGCAAUACUGACGGCUCUGUGUGUUGCAUUUGGGUCUCGAGCUAAGGAGACUCAGAGAGGGUCUACAUUGAAGGAUUUUAUAAAGACUGGAUGCAGUUACGCUGUUGUUCAUGUCGAAUUGAAGAACCAAGGGGAGGAUGCUUUUAAGCAUGAUAUUUAUGGGGAUGUCAUAAUCAUUGAGCGGAAGAUAUCUUCUGGAAGUUCAAACGCCACGGUUUUGAAGGAUCAUCAAGGAAGAAAGGUUGCUAGCCGGAAAGAGGAUCUCCGGGAGCUUAUUGAGCAUUUUAGUAUUGAUGUUGAGAAUCCUUGUGUAAUAAUGGGUCAAGACAGAAGCAGAGAGUUUUUGCAUUCUGGAAAUGACAAAGAUAAAUUUAAGUUCUUUUACAAGGCCACACUUCUGCAGCAAGUUGAAGAGCUCCUGCAAGACAUCGAGAAGCAGUUGGAGAAGGCAAAUGUUGUUGUUGAUCACUUAGAGGGCUCCAUAAGACCCAUAGAAAGGGAACUUCAUGAAUUACAGGAAAAGAUUAGAAACUUGGAACACGUUGAAGAAAUAUCCCAACAAGCAAAGCAGCUAAAAAAGAAGCUUGCUUGGUCAUGGGUAUACGAUGUAGACAGGCAACUCCAGCAAAAGAAUGUGCAUAUUGGAAAGCUGAAAGAUCGUAUACCUCUUUGUCAAGCUAAAAUUGAUCAGUUUAGAGAUGAAGUGGAGAAACUUAACCAAUGCUAUACCUUGAAGAGAUCCGAGAUUGCAAGCAUGGUGGAAAAGACUUCGGAAGUUAGGAGAAUGAAGGAGGAAUUGAAACAGACGCUAGCAUUGGCUACAAAAGAUAAGCUUAAGCUAGAAGAAGAAUAUGGCCGCAGAACUAACUACAUCCAGAAAUUGACAAACACUGCUAGGUCUCUUCAGCAACAGAUUCAGGAUGCCGAGGAUCAGCAUGCCAGAAGUACACAGGCGGAAGAAUCUGCAAUGGAGGAAAAGCUGAAAGAACUACAAAAUGAGAUUGCUACUGUUGAAUCAAUGCUUACAAGGUUGAAGGAAGAAGAUAGUGUCUUAUCAGAAAGUGUACGCAAGACAAGUAGUACAAUUGGUGAAUUAAGUCAAACGAUUCAAAGAAAAGAGAAGGAGUGUCUAGACAUCUCAAAUCACAUCCGUAAGCUUGAGAGAAAUCAUGCUAACAAGGUCACAGCUUUUGGUGGAGAUAAAGUGAUAAGCCUUUUACGUACAAUUGAGAGGUAUCAUAAGAGAUUCAAAUGCCCUCCAAUUGGUCCUAUCGGUGCUCAUUUGACUUUGAAUGAUGGAGAUGUAUGGGCAACAACAAUUGAAAUUGCUAUAGGCAGGUUGCUCAAUGCUUUCAUUGUAACAGAUCAUAAGGACUCUCAACUUCUCAGAACAUGUGCAAGGGAAGCCAACUACAACCACCUUCAGAUUAUCAUAUAUGACUUUUCAUUACCAAGGUUGAAUAUUCCACCUCACAUGCUUCCACAAACAGAGCACCCAACUACUCUUUCUCUUCUCCAUUCUGAAAAUCAUACCGUGUUAAAUGUCCUGGUAGAUUUGGGAAGUGUUGAAAGGCAAGUCCUUGUUGAAAAUUAUGAGGAGGGAAAGGAAGUUGCUUUUGACCACAGAAUUCCCAAUCUGAAGGAAGUCUUCACAAAAGACUUGAAGAAGAUGUUUUCGCGUAAUGGUGUCCAGACUACUCUUCCUCUCAAUAGGCAAGACCGACCUGCUCGUCUCUGUGCUAAUUAUGACGUUGAAAUCAAUAAUUGUAUUAGAGAAGCAUCAGGUGCACAAGAAGAAGCUCAGCGGUGCAGGAGGAGAAAAAGGGAUGAAGAAGACAAACUUCGGGAUCUUAACGAGGAACUCCAGAGUGUGAAGAGGAGGCGCAUGAAUGCUGAGCAUGAUUUGGCGUCUAAGAAACUAGCUAUUCAAGACAGUGUAUAUGAUGCGGAAGCCAAUACAUCACUUGUAUCAACUGUAGAUGAGCUUCAUAGAGACGUUUCAAAAGUCCAAGAGGAGAUUCAAGAGAAGGAAAUGUUGCUUGGAAACUUUCGAGUCAGAAUUAAUGAAGCUGAGGCGAAGACCAGUGAUCUUAAAGUAACAUUUGAUAAUCUAACUGAGUCAGCAAGAGGAGACAUUGAGGCCAUUGAGAAGGCAGAGAGAGAUUUGAUGGAGAUAGACAUAAAUCUAGCUUCUGCAGAAGCGGAGAAGCUUCGUUUUGAAAGUGCAAUGAAGACCAAGAUCCUUCCUGCAAUUAAUGAAGCUGAAAAACAAUAUAAAGAGCUUGAGCAUCAGCGAGAGGAAAACUGUAGAAAAGCUUCAAUCCUUUGUCCUGAAAGUGAAAUUAUAGCGUUGGGUGACUGGGAUGGUAGCACUCCAGAACAACUCAGUACUCAAUUAACCAGGCUGAAUCAGAAACUUCAACGAGAGAGUGAGAGAUGCACUGAAUCCAUUGAUGAGCUUCGGAUGUCAUAUGAGAGUAAAGAACGUAAGAUUUUAAGAAAACAGAAAAUAUACAGAGCUUUCCGGGAAAAGUUGAAUGCUUGCCAGAAAGCCCUAAAUAUGCGAAGUGAAAAGUUUGAGAGAAAUAAAACUUUACUAAAGCGCCAGAUGACGUGGCUAUUUAAUUCUCAUCUGGGAAGGAAAGGGUUCAGUGGAAAGAUUAAGGUUAGCUAUGAGGAGAGAACCCUUUCAAUUGAGGUAAAGAUGCCCCAGGAUGCAUCAAGCAGCACUGUUCGCGACACCAGAGGGCUUUCAGGUGGGGAACGCUCCUUUUCAACAUUGUGCUUUGCGCUGGCUCUUCAUGAUAUGACUGAAGCCCCAUUUAGAGCUAUGGAUGAGUUUGAUGUAUUUAUGGAUGCCGUAAGUCGGAAAAUCAGCCUUGAUACUCUUGUCGAUUUUGCAUUAGCACAAGGAUCCCAAUGGGUACUCAUCACCCCUCAUGAUAUCAGUAUGGUGAAGAAUGGGGAUCGGAUAAAGAAGCAGCAAAUGGCGGCUCCUCGUUCUUGAUUUGUCAUCCAUGAUACCAUCGUACUGUUUAUUCAAUGCAAAUUCCUGGUAAUGCUUUCGAUUAGGGUGUAAAUUUAUCCUUGUUUAGUAUGAUGGUUGUAAGGAAAAUUCAUGGCUUCUUUUUGGAAUUAAUGAGCCUUGGUU